AUGAAUCUUACUAGUCAUGUCACGGAAUUAACCAUUUAUAAUGAAAGAUAUGUUCCAUUAAAUGUUUAUUGCCUGAAAAAUUUAAAUAAAUUAGUUAUUUAUGAUACGGAUUUUUAUGAAUAUAGCUUGGAUGAUGAAAGUAUUCGAGCAAUUCCAUCGGAAAUUGGACUAUUAAGAUCACUUCGUACUUUACAUAUUUAUAAUAGUCCAGUAGAACGUUUACCUAAUGAAUUUGGAAACUUAGAUUUGUUAACAGAAUUAUUUAUUGUGAAUAGUGAUUUAAAAGAAAUACCUACUGUUAUUGAAAAUCUAUCACAACUAAUAACAUUGAAAUUAUCUGAUAAUCAAUUAGUAUUGUUACCAUCUACUUUUGGAAAAUUGAGAAGUUUAAGGACAUUAUGGUUAGAUAACAAUAGAAUAACAUCAUUACCAUCAACGAUGUCAUCUUUAACAUCUUUGAACACAAUAUAUUUACAAUCGAAUCCACUGACCUCAAUCGAUGAAUUAAAUGGCAUGAAUAGCAUACAAAAUUUAUACGCUCAAAAUUGCAAUAUAAAGUAUCUUCCUACUCGUAUGUCUUAUAUAACGUAUUUCAACAUGUCACAUAAUAAUUUGGAAGAUUUAUUUGGCAUCAGUACCUUGGGAACUCCUAGUUAUUAUAGAAUUAUGGAUUUUAGUUAUAAUCAAAUUGAUUUAAUUCCACCAGAAAUUUCUCAAAACAUUGGUUUACUGCAACAGUUUUUAGUAAAGCAUAACAAAUUAACACAUCUACCAAAAGAAUUGUUUGGCUUAUAUAAUUCUCCUGCUACUAUUUUAGAUAUUAGUGAAAAUAAUUUUCCACCUGAGGAACUGAAUUUAAUCAAAGAAACAAUCAGAACCAGGUUGCCGCAAAUUCAAGUAUUUUAUUGA